UCUAACCUAUUAUCAUGCCUAUGCGGCAUUGCGGCACAUGAACAAAUGGCACAUUGCUUUUCAACCACUUUCCUUUCUGAGUAAAUUUUUAAUUUUUCAUAGAAGUGCACUAGUGCAGUGAAUGCUGUGAUUGAGGGCCCUUCAUCAAGUUAACCGAGAUAUGGCCUUGUUUUGCGCCGAGCUUCAAGUUGUUGUAGUUGAAUAAUUGUGUACGUACAAGUUCUCUUCAUAACUCACACAGGCACUAAAUACCGGUAUAUCACCUCACUUUAAAUUAUUCUUACAGCCAUAUGAUGCUUUUUAGUCAUUGUCUAGGACGCCAAAUCACUGUUAGAAGUUGCAAUUCCAUCCCCACUCUCUCUCAUGUAAACAAGAUUAUUCAGAACUAUGUUGCAAACAUUCAUCUUGGCAUGGUGAAACGCCUCACUUCUCCAUCAAAUUGUGAAAAUACCAAUCAAACACCUUUGUAUAUAGACUACUCUCCAGAAUUGUCAGUGAUCGAUGAACAUUGCAGUGGUUCUGAUGUAAUUAUCUGCCAGAACUUCGUAAAUGAAAAUGAAGAGCAAAAUCUACUAUUAGAAAUUGAGUCUGCCAUCAAGCGUCUUCGAUAUCAAAGUGAUCAUUGGGAUGAUGCAAUUCAUGGCUACAGAGAGACAGAGAAAGCAAACUGGAAUCCAAGCAAUGCAGUUAUAAUCGAAAGAAUAAAAAAAUUUGCAUUUCCUCCUGGCUCACCAACUAUGAAGCUUGUGCAUGUUUUGGACUUGCAAGAAGAUGGAUUCAUCAAGCCUCAUAUUGAUAGUGUACGAUUUUGCGGCAAUACUGUUGCAGGCUUAAGUUUGAUGACAGAUUCAGUCAUGAGAUUUGUUUCUGCUAGCAACAAAUCUUUGAAAAUUGACAUAUUUUUAGCUCGGAGGUCUCUGUAUAUUAUGAGGAAUGCAAUGCGUUAUGACUUUACUCAUGAAAUUUUGCACAACAAAGAAUCAUUUUUCAAUGGAGAACAAGUCCACAAAUCAAGAAGAAUGUCUGUUAUUUGUCGAAAUGAACCCCCUCCGUCUAACCUCUGAGUCUUCAGUCAAUGAUAAUUUUGGCUUCAAUAUCAUCUCUUUGACAAGUAUCAUUCAGAAGUGGAUUGAAGUGAAUGAAAUCAAGAUAGAAAGUAGCUGGAUGAUUUUGCCUUAUCUCAGUAAGUGCACUCAGUUUGCCUCAAACAUUUAUAAUUCUGAAUGUUUGAAAUAUUCAUUUCAGGUGUUCAACAAAUUAUAUGCAUUCAUUUUAAAUUCUUUGUAAAGUGUUAGCCUCACCAUUUCUGUGAAAUGAGCAUGUCCUGUUUAGUCAUUUGUAAGAGCGCUUAGGCUGAGCAACUCAUUGUUUAAAUUGUCCCAUUUAAGCUAAUUUUGAUGAUAAUAGUUCACUUGAGAAUUAUCUCUUCUCCACCUGAAAACUUAAGCGAUUUGAAGGGGUGUUACUAACAUAGUUUUGCGGGUCAUUGCCCUUAAAGCAUUUUUUGUGAUGUCGUACUUGGCCUCAUCAUCUUGAUCGAAUAAGUUAUCUGUAGCUUUGUGUGGACGUGAGUGCUUCUUCCAUUUAGAUUGCUUGUCUUUAGCUUUGCCAGAGUUUUUGAAGGAUUUACCAGAUUUUUAGCAACCAUUUGGGACCAUUAGGUAUACGAACAUCAUGAUUUUCAUCUGAUGAAGUAUCGGAGAUAGUUUUUCCUCUCUUAGAUAGCUGACCCUUUCCUUUGUUUUCUCCUCCAGACUCUGACACCCUUUUUUGACAGGUAUCGAUCUGCAGGCAUCAGCAAUGCAUGUCUUAGAGUUAUUUGGAAAAUUAGAUGAAGAAAUGUGUGUUGCAAAUGAUAUUAGCAUCGAACAUUUUCCUAAAAAAAAAUUAAAUGAAUUUCAAUGCGUUCAGAAUCUUUUUUUUUUUUUUUUUUUUUUUUUUUUUUUUCAGAAAGAGAGGGUAUUCAGAGAGUUUUAUUCAAAAACCCUUGCUUAUUAAAUCAAAAUCUAUUUUUCAUUCUUUAGUCGAUUUGUCCUGCAAUUAGUUCAUGUAUUUUCCUUCAAUUAUUUUCAUUAAUUUUGCUCCCUUUUACUUUCCACACCCGCAACUAUCUCUUGUACUAUGUCUUCUCUUAUCUCUAUAUAUACGUUUAUGACAAAGUAAUAACAUUGUCAAGGUUCACCUCUUAAUGUGUAUUCGUUGCUCGGUUUUAAGAUUGAAAUCCUCCUAAAAUGUAGUUGAAAAUUGGUGACCACCAAAUCAGCAAUGAAUUUUUUUCGUUUCAUUAUAACUGCUUUUUUUUUAAAAAAAAAAAAAAAAAAAAAAAAAAAAAAAAGUAGAUUCCAAUGAUCCCUGCGAUCUGGAUUUUGUAUCUAUUUUCUUAGUAAGUGAGAGACCAAGAGUUAAAACAAGAGAGGAAGAUAGAGAAAUACGGUUUUGACAGCCGAAACAAGGCUCCGCCAUGUCAUUAAUCUUAUCUAUGCACAUUUCAUGGAUUUUAAACCAAAACACUACUCUCAUCUUGUUUUGGCGAGCCACCUGUCUCAAAUUUUUACUUCCUUUUGUUUGAAACUUUUGGUCACACUUUCAAGAAUAUCAUGAUAAUUCCAACUAUGCCGGUCGCUGCGUAUUUUAGUGAGUUUGGAAGUCUCCAAAAUUUUUGACUCACAAGUGGUCUAAGUUAAAAUCCUAGAAUCUACAUUCAGUUUUCCAAAAUUUAUCAAGGAAUAAUGAUGGAUCAAUUAUGUACAUUUUACAUACAAUGUAUUUGACAGCUGUCGAACUAUAGUAAGUUUAGAAGCCUACAGACUUUGACUUAACAAGGGUUGCAAGUAAAAAUCCCAGCAUUUACAUUCGGUUCUCUAAAAUUUAUCAUAGACUGAUGACGGACUAAUUAUGCAACAAGACAGUUGCAGCAGCGCUUUUCAUCCCAUAGAAAGUGUGCACACACCUGAAAGAACCGCACGCACCUGCUAGGAUGAAAGGACCGAA